AUGGCUGAUACGUAUCAUCUUCUGGCCUUUAUUUCUACAACGUUAAAUACAACAAUUCCAUUUAUUCUUCCUUCACAAGAUGUAAUAGCUCAACGUCAGCAAAGGCCUAAAACUAGAGGCUUCUGGACUGAUGUAUUUCCAUAUUUAAAUGAUGAAGGGGGUUAUAAUUCUUUUCGAAAGCAUUUUCGCAUUACUCUAGCAACAUUCAAUUCUCUUGUUGCACGUUUGAGUACACACCCAGCUUUUUCAUCUGAUGCUCCCAAUGCAACACCAGUUUGGAAACAAAUUGCUAUUGUAUUAUGGCGAUUAGCUAAUAGCUCAGGAAUUCAGGUAUUGAAACAAACUCUUGGUAUAAGUCAGGGAUCAGUAAUUCAUUUUACAGAUCGGUUUUUAGAAGCACUGCUGGAUUUGGAAAAGGAACGUAUAAAGUGGCCACAAGGUGCACGGUUAGCAGAAGUAACACAUGGAUUCGAAUAUGGUAAAUCAGGAUUUGAAAAUCGUAAACUACCUAAUGUCAUUGGGGCUAUAGAUGGAACACAUAUACCAAUUCAUCGACCUUCUAAAAAUGGAAUUCGGUUUAUAAAUCACAAAAAUUUUUAUUUUAUUAAUUUGCUUGGCAUUGUUGAUCACCAAGGAUGUUUUAUUUUUAUACAUGUAGGAGAAGCAG